AUGGCGUCCUCGCUGCGCUUGUGCCCAGGUGGUAUGGCUAAAUGCGCACGGCCAAAUAUCACUUUUACGCAGCCUUUCGCUUACAGCCUUCAAUCCCGGGCUUUCUCGGAAACGUCGCAACGAUGGGCAUACCGAUCACAGAACUUCAACCCCCGAAGCCCUUCAAUGCCCUCGAUGAAGGCCCGACAGAAGGAUGCACUCGCUAACCAGAGGCCGAAUGACUUGGGCUUAUUACCGGGAACCUUUGUGCGACCAUUGUGGAGGGACCUACCCUCUAUCUUUUCGCAACCGCGAGACCGUCUGCACAUGGAAUGGAUCACCAUCAAGUCCUUUUUCCAGAAUUACAUCAGUUUGUGGCAAUAUUGCAAAGAGCAGGAAACCGAAGUUGGAAUCAAAGCUCGACGUCAGCGCGCACAGCUUCUCUAUAAGGAUAUGUACACGGCCUUUGCGAGAGGUGACACCUCUGGGUUGAAGCGCCUCUGCUGCGAUGGGCUCGCCAAGGACCUCAUUGGCCAAAUUGACCGACGCCCAAAGGGCAUGACCGUCACCUGGAAACUCACCAAAUGGCUUCGCCAACCAAGCACCUUCUUCCGCGGCGUACGGGUCGUGUCAGACCGUGCAACCUCCCUUCCCAACCUUCCCAAGUCCGGUAUUCGCCAGAUCGUUCUGCGGGUGACAUCGAGGCAAGUCAUGGCCAAAUCUACAGCUGGACUCGCCAGCACGGCUGUCACCGAAGCCUCGGCCAAGGAGAAGAGCUGCAUGGAAUAUCUUGUCAUUCAAGAGCUACGGUGGAGCGGUGAAAGUUCCUGGCGAGUCUGGGGCUUUGCUAAGCCUACCGAUCUGCAGACGGCCUUGAACGACCCUGCCUUUGCCCCUGGUCUGUCGAUGUUGGACCGUAUGAAGGCCAUGCAGGGUCAAUAA